AUGUUUAAAGGUCUAGUGGGUUUUGUCACUGGUGGUGCUUCGGGCUUAGGACGUGCCACUGCCGAGUUACUGGUGAAGCAAGGAGGCCGGGUCAUUAUUUGUGACCUACCUUCUAGCUCUGGAGCAGACAUUGCAAAACAGCUCGGUGAAAAUGCUGCUUUUGUAGAAUUAAAUGUCACAUCAGAGCAAGAUGUAAAAAAUGCCUUACAGACUACAGUUGACAAAUUUGGCCGACUUGAUGUGGCAGUCAAUUGUGCAGGGGUAGCAUCAGCAAGUAGAAUUUAUAAUUUUAAGAAAAAUCAGCCGUUUGACCUGAACCUCUUUCAAAAAACUAUUGAGGUCAAUUUAAUGGGUACUUUCAAUGUUAUACGACUAGCUGCCGGGCUGAUUGGAAAAAAUGCACCAGAUGUGGAUGGACAAAGGGGAGUCAUUAUUAACACAGCCAGUGUAGCCGCUUUCGAUGGCCAAAUAGGACAAGCUGCAUAUUCCGCUUCUAAAGCAGGAGUCGUGGGUAUGACAUUGCCUAUUGCUCGGGACCUUGCCAAGCAGGGAAUAAGAGUUGUUACCAUUGCACCAGGCUUAUUCCGCACACCAAUGAUGGAUCAGCUGCCGGAGCCAGCUAUUAAGCAGUUGGAGGCCUCGGUGCCAUUUCCAUCCCGUCUUGGUCAUCCCCAUGAAUAUGCCUUACUAGUACAGAGUAUAAUUCAAAAUCCAAUGCUCAAUGGAGAAACAAUAAGGCUUGAUGGUUCAUUAAGAAUGCAACCA